GAUAAUCACAAACGUGCGCAAACAUUCAAGGCCGAGUUUCGGAGUAACAACACCGGACUCAAUUUGAUAAUUCAGUGUAAUUUACGAAAGUCGCAAGCUGAGCCUUGACCUAUAACAUCAGCAGAAAAACUGCGGCUGCCUUGAAUGCGUACAGACGCAAAGGAACAUCAUCAACCUCGCAGCAUCAUUCAUCAUUGUGGAGCACCAUUUUUAUACGAUCCGAAAAUAAUAAGCCCGAUGUGCUUUUGACAAUCGUUUUAGUUUUUUAUAUCUCCCGAAAACAGCAAAUUUUUUUCAUUACUCAAAGCUCCCAAAAUGGCUGCGAAUCAAACAAACACCGGCAGCCAAUUGUCGCUGAAGCCUGCGCACACAACAAUACAACUAAAUAAACCCGUUAAACACGAUUUCUUCCCCGAGGUUAAAUUCUCCGACUUGCCAGUAAACGGCGAUCACCUUCUGAAAAACUGUCUCAUCACGAUCGAAGAUGGCAAUGGUGGGGACCAACUCACCAAAAAGGCGCCUGAAAUUAUAGCGAAUAAAGUCGUGAAAAAGCAGAAAAGUUUGAUUUUAAACGAAUCGCAUGAUUCAAUGGAUUCGAGUUCUACAGAUAAAAAGAAACCGGAGAUACCUGAUGGUGGCUACGGUUACGUUAUAGUGGUGACCUCACUUGUAAUCUCACUCAUUACCGAUGGCUUGGGUUUUUCAUUCGGUCUACUUAAUUCGGAAUUAUUGGAUUAUUUUGGUGAGUCACCAUCGAAGACAGCCUGGAUUAGCUCGCUGUUCUUUUCAGUGCCCUUACUAAUGGGGCCCAUCUGGUCUAAUUUGGUUGAUAAGUAUGGCUGUCGUAAGAUGACCAUAUUUGGCGGCUUACUAUCCUCCAUUGGAUUUGGUCUUUCGUCACUUUGUAAUUCGGUGGAAAUGCUAAUGUUGACUUUCGGCAUCAUUUCUGGCCUAGGACUGGGUAUUGGUUAUGUCACAUUGGUGGUAUCAAUCGCGUUCUGGUUCGAUAAGAAACGCACAUUCGCCACCGGUAUUGCUGCAUCGGGCAGUGGCAUUGGUACCCUCUUGUAUGCACCGCUGACGCAGUCGCUAAUCGACAGCUAUGGCUGGAGAAGUGCCACACUCAUUCUCGCUGGCACUAUACUAAAUAUUUGCAUCUGUGGGGUAUUUAUGCGCGAUCCCGAUUGGCUGAAAGAGGAAAAACGUCUGGAAAAUCGUUCGCAAAGUGUAACGACGUAUUCCAAUUCGAGCGUUUGUACUGAAGAAAUCAAGAAAGAAGAGGAUACCAAGAAACUUAUUCUUAACAAAUUAGGGUCUAAAACCAGCACAGCAGUUAAUCAGCAAAUAAACGACCCACAUAAGUUCUAUAUAAAACCCUUCCGUAGUGAAAUAUUCUUACCAACCUUUUCGGGUUCUCAGGAUUUAGGCAGCAUAUACGACUUCAAGAGUUUUGCCAAGCGCUCGCUACGACACAAUAUCGAAAUUGACCAACUUUCACGUGAUAAUUCACACUUGACGUCUCCCGCUGAUGCUAACCCCACGGCGGACAUUAUAGCCGCUCGCAAUGGCACGAUAAGAGACGAUAUUACCGAAAAGGCGGACGAUGAGACGACCAUAUCUUUUGUGCCUCUAAUCCCGCACGAUGUGCGAUGCAGUUCCACUUCCUUUAUGUCACUUAAAAGUAAUAUACCUACAGUAAUAGAGGAAAAUUGCGAAAUGAAUGAGUCAGCCAAGUGGACAUAUGACGACAGUAUUAUCGGCAUUCGUCAGCUUUCCAAAUCAAAGAAGCCCACCUCCCGCACAAAUUUACAACGCAACACAUUAACGCGGCAUUCUAAUUUCCCGAUGAAUAUACGAUUGUAUCGCAAUCCAAUGCAUUAUCAUGUUCCAAUGUUAAACACCCAUCGCCAUCGGCCACGCGCAUACUCGUGUCCCAUCAUCUACAGAAACUCCAUGACGCCGAUCGCAAAGAAGCAGGAAGAUAGCUGGUACGGAGGAAUCGUUGACACAAUGAAGGCGGUGUUUGACUUCUCAUUGUUCUCGGAUAUGAAAUUUACGUUAUUUAAUAUAUCAACAUUGUUUUUGUUCAUGUGGUUCACAAUUCCAUACCUUUACCUGCCUGAGUACCUGAAAAUUCACGGUUAUGAAACGGGAGAGAGUGCACACGUGAUUUCGGUCAUUGGUAUUGCGCAAACCAUUGGCAUGAUCGGCCUAGGCUAUGUUGGCGAUCGUCCGUGGAUGAAUAUUAAUAUCUGCUAUUCGGCGUGUAUGGUGGUGUGUGGCAUUUCGGUGCUGCUAAUGCCAAUUCUCGCCGCCAAUUACAGCUGUCUGGUGUUGAUGUGCAUCACCUUUGGCUUCACAUUCGCCAGCUCGUAUUCGUUUACGCCCAGCAUUUGUGUCAGUAUUGUAGAUUUAAACGAUUUUACGUGCGCCUACGGAUUGGUGCUGUUAGUUCAGGGUCUCGGUAUUAUUGCCGGGCCGCCGAUGGCAGGCGCAAUUUAUGAAAUGUCGCUGAGAUGGGAUCACUCAUUUUAUUUUGCCGGUGUAUUUAUUGUCCUCUCUGGCGUGGCCGCUUAUUUGAUAGAAUUCUGCGAGAAGCGCGAGAAUAAUGGCGCCUCUGCAGCGAAGAAAGCUCCAUUAAUCCAUUAAGUGUGUUUGAUAAGAAAUUUAUGUGUUGUGUGCCUAUAUAUUUAGUAUAUUAUAUGUUAGUAGUAUUUGUAAAUAUUUAUAUAAAAAUUACUGAUAAGGUUCGUAGUAAAAAUGUAUAUAUUAGUCUAUUUGUGCUAUAUUUCAUGGAUUUAUAGAGUUUUAAUUCAAUUAAAAGUAGAAAAAAUUAUCAUUUUCUUGACGAUGAAAAAUUUGAAUGUUGAAAUUAAAAAAAAAAUAUAUCACUUUCACAGCUAUGAUCAACGUAAGAGUGAACAUUUUAAGAUUUUUUAUUAAUAACUUUUUUUUAUGCGCCUAAAACACUAAUUGGACUCUUCACUUGGUCGGCCAAAGGUUCUUCAUAAUUUUCAAGGACUAGUAAAAUGUACGCAUUUUAUAAAAAUUCCCACAAAACCUC